AAAAUACUACAGAAGAAAGAAAGAAACUGUCGGUCAAUAGGUGAGGUCACUCGGCGCCGUUUUUGAAUGCUGUACAGGUGUUGUUAGUGGUACGCCAUGGAUCCCAGUUCACCUUCACCUUUAAUGGAUGAGAAUAUUGAACUGAGACGAAAGCUAGAGGAUGCCAUGCAGGAAUUGCAUACGACAAAGCAGAGUCUGGCGCUGAAGCAACAGCUAGAACACUUCCUGCAGGAGGAGCUGGAGGAGGUGGAGAAAAUGAAAAUGGCUGAGGCGGAAGUAGCGGUCAAGAAAGAAGACCCAGAAUAUAAAAAACAGAUCCAGGAGCUAGAGAAUGAACUUGACAACAGAGAGGUGAUUAUGGAACAGCUUGAAGAGCGAGUGAAACAGCUGGAGAAUGCCCUCGAGGAGCAGAUAGACCAGUCUGUGUCCAAGUCCUUCAGUCAACACAGUCAGGGGGAACAACUCUCCUUCAACGAAGAGAUCUUCAACUUGAAUGAGGACAAUGAAAAGUUGAAGGAACUGGUAUCAGAAAUUCAAACAGAUACAGAGAAGCUGAAGCAUGACAAAGCCAGGAUGGAGAGAGAGAAUGCCAAAAAGGAUGUCAUGAUCGAAGAAAUGAAGUGCGAGAUAGCUUCAUAUGCAAACUUGUUAGAAGAAACACGGAUGCAGAAUAUUGAACAGAACAUGGAGCUGGAGGAAAUGAGAAUGGUGACCAGUAAACCUGCUCCGAAAGGAAAUUCAAUUUAUGCUGAGCUAGAUGACCGUCGCGUUGCAUCGGAGAAACUGCUGGCAGCACUGCAAGUCCAGGUGAAAACAAUUCAAGCAAAAUACUGCCAGGAACACAGAAAUAACCACAGGCUGAGGAUGCAGAUACUAACGAUGGAGCCAAAGGGUUCAGAGCUGGACUGCGAGGAGAAUCGAAACUUGCGAUUACAAAUAAUCCGCUCAAAUCACGAAGUAACGACUUUGAUUAAGAAGCUGCAAGAUUAUGAAAAGACUGAAUCUGCUCUGUGGAACAAGGUAUCUGAGAUCUACAGGUCAGAGGGCACAGACAGUGACAGAGAGAAAGCGUUCAGUAACUUUCUUCUUGCCAUGCUCAAGAGCAGAGAGAAGGAGCUGAGGGAGACGAAAGCCGAGCUGAGGAGUGAGAGCAUGAUGUACUGGGAUCUCAACAGCAAGUUUAUGGAGAAGGAACGGGAGAACUGUCUCCUGGAAAAGACAAAGAAGAAACUGCAAUCCCAGAUCCUCCAGCUGAACUUUAGGAUCGAGGAGCUGCUAGCAAAAUAUGAACCAGAAAAAUCUUCACUUAAAGCUCUGGUUAAAGCUGAGAUAAGAGAAAAAAUACAACUGGAUAUUUCGGACGAGGAAACGACGACAGUAAUUACAGAAUCUUGGAGCAAUGUGGGAUUUAGAGACCAAGCUGGUCAGCAACUGAAAGGUUCGACGGAUUCUAAACCGAAGAUGUCUGAAAGCACAAUGGAGCUGGAAGACCACGUGUUUGACGAAGAUCAGAACGAGAAGGAACUGGCUGAUAAAGAAAAUGUAGACGUUGAGACAAAAGAGACAGAGGACUCUGCAUCCAAAAAAAGACAGUCGAAAAGAGGCGUGAUUCACGUUGCCAAGAAAAUUCAGAAACCAACAGCAGAAGCCCCUGAUUGUAAAGUCCAGUGAAAUGACGGUGUCAAAUUGGACACCGGGUUCACAUAAUUAAAAAACCAACAGCAGUAGGCCCUGAUUGUAAAGUCCAGUGAAAUGACAGUGACAAAGUGGACACCGGGUUCACAUAAUUCAGAAACCAACAGCAGAAGCCCCUGAUUGUAAAGUCCAGUGUAAUGACGGUGACAAAGUGGACACCGGGUUCACAUAAAGGACAAUCAGAAAGGGGCAUGGUUUACUUUCGCAAGAAAAUUCAUAUACCUACGACUGUAACGAACAAUUGUAAAAUCUAAUAAAAUGACUGCAGAAUUUAUGGGCUAUAAUGUUAUUAAAAAAGGUGUACAGUUUUGUGGUACCAUCCAUUAGUAACAGCAUUGUUACAAGAGUAGAAACUGUACUCUCUCUCUCUCUCUCUCUCUCUCUCUCUCUCUCUCUCUCUCUCUCUCUCUCUCUCUCUCUCUCUCUCUCUCUCUCUCUCUCUCUCAAGUAUCCCACUCCAUUUCAUGAAAGCUGAAACUACAUAAAAAUGUUGAUUUUGUACAGAAUAUCUCAUUUUUAUCAACAUUUUUUGUUAUUUAAAAGCAUAUACAGGCACACACACAAAACCAGUGUAAAGUUCAUAUGUUUGUGUAAAUGUUGAUAUAUAUGAACAGCACUUAAUCAGGCCAAGAAAUACUAUUCAUAGCUGUAAAUAUUACUCGAACACCUGUCAGUGAAAUUUCAAUGAUCUUUAUGCAAGACAUUUUUUGUUUCACACUGAAAUAAAUUGUGACAUGUAUCGGUACUUGUA